AGGCCUAGAGAAAUAAAGUACGUUUAAUUGGAGUUGCCAAUACCGAACACAAAUUUCUUUCUUUAAAAUAACCAUUUAAAUAAAAAUUCUUAUUUGGGAUGUCGAAGCCGACAAGCUUAAAGGACGCAUUGGCCAAGUGGGAGGACCGCAAUAAGCAACCAGCCAACACAGCCAAGGAGAUUGGACUUCAGUUCCAGUAUCCGCCGAUCGAGAAAAUGGAUCCGAUUCUCAACAGCCUAACCGAGUGCCAAAAGCUCAGCUUGUCCUCAAAUAUGAUUGAGAAGAUUACUGGCAUUUCGGGAAUGAAGAACCUGAGGGUCCUGAGCCUGGCACGUAAUAACCUUAAGACGCUCAACGGCAUAGAACCACUGGCCGAUACCCUGGAGGAAUUGUGGGUCAGCUACAACAACAUUGAGAAGAUCAAGCCCCUGGAAUCGAUGAAGGCUCUGCGUGUCUUCUACAUAUCCUUCAACAUGAUCAAGGACUGGGCGGAGUUCAUGCGCAUGGGUGUGCCAGCCAAUCUCAGCGAGAUCACCUUUGUGGGAAACCCAUUGAACGAGAACAUGGAUCCGUCUGCCUUCCUUGCCGAGGCAGUGCGUCGUCUGCCCAACAUGAAGAAGCUCGAUGGGGAGCCUGUCAUUCGUUAGGGAAAACAAGCUUACACGGAUGUGUUGUGUUCGGUUGUGUUUGAAAUAAAGGAGAGUCGAAAGUCGAACAGGUCCUUUGACCUUAGUGCUCGACUAAAUCACAGACGACAAUA